GCUGGUGAAGAAGUUCUCGGAGCAGAUGGAAAGCAUGCUCCGCAGGAAGGUCGAAGCUGUCGAGAGGUUGGUGGAAGCAGCAGAAGAUGCAGAUCUGAACCAUGAGUACAACUCCUCCCUGGAGUUUGAUUACUACAACUCUCUCCUGAUUAAUGAGAAGGAUGAAAAUGACAAUUACGUGGAGCUUGGAGAUGAAUUCAUUUUGGAGCCAAAUGAGCAUUUCAAUAACCUGCUGGUGAACACAACAUACAGUGAUAUCCAGCUCCCCACCAAUGUCUACAACAAAGACCCUGCCAUCCUUAAUGGAGUUUACAUGUCAGAAGCCCUGAAUCCUAUUUUUGUGGACAACUUUGAAAGGGAUCCCACGCUGACCUGGCAGUACUUCGGCAGCUCCACUGGGUUCUUCAGGCUCUACCCAGGGAUAAAGUGGUUACCAGACGAGAAUGGAGUCAUCUCCUUUGACUGCAGAAACCGUGGCUGGUACAUCCAAGCGGCCACCUCUCCCAAGGACAUUGUCAUCAUUGUGGACGUCAGUGGGAGCAUGAAGGGCCUGAAGCUGACCAUUGCCAAACACGCCAUCGUCACCAUUUUAGAUACUCUGGGAGAAAAUGACUUUGUCAACAUCAUCGCAUACAACGAUUACGUUCAUUUUAUUGAACCCUGUUUUAAGGGUAUCCUGGUCCAAGCAGACAGAGAUAACAGAGAGCAUUUCAAGCAACUGGUGGAAGAACUGCAGGCAAAAGGAGUGGGGACUGUGAGCAAGGCUUUGACAGAGUCCUUCAAAAUUCUGAGGGAGUUCAGAGAUGCUGGUCAAGGAGGCUUGUGUAACCAAGCCAUCAUGCUGAUCACCGACGGAGCAGUGGAGGAUUACGAAUCCGUGUUCGAAAAAUACAACUGGCCGGAUCGGAAGGUCCGGGUUUUCACUUACCUCAUCGGAAGGGAGGUCACUUUUGCGCCCCAGGUGAAAUGGAUCGCCUGCAACAACAAAGGCUACUACACUCAGAUCUCCACGCUGGCAGACGUCCAGGAGAACGUGAUGGAGUACCUGCACGUGCUCAGCCGCCCCAUGGUCAUCAACCACGACCACGACAUCAUUUGGACCGAGGCCUACAUGGACAGCGCGCUCUUUGCAUCUCAGGCUCAAAGUCUGUUGCUCAUGACGACGGUGGCUAUGCCAGUCUUCAGCAAGAAGAAUGAGACGCGAUCUCAUGGCAUUCUUCUGGGUGUGGUGGGCUCUGAUGUACCACUGAGGGAGUUGUUAAAACUUGCUCCACGGUAUAAGCUGGGUGUCCAUGGAUACGCCUUUCUGAACACCAACAACGGCUACAUCCUUUCCCACCCAGACCUCCGUCCUUUGUACAAAGAAGGAAAGAAACUGAAGCCUAAGCCAAACUACAACAGCGUAGAUCUCUCAGAAGUGGAAUGGGAAGACCGGGAGGAAAUACUGAGAACUGCCAUGAUCAAUGGGGAAACAGGCUACCUCUCUAUGGAUGUGAAGGUCCCUGUGGACAAAGGGAAACGAGUUCUUUUCCUCACCAAUGAUUAUUUCUUCACGGACAUCAGUGGCACACCCUUCAGCCUGGGUGUUGUGCUGUCCAGGGGCCACGGGGAGUACAUUCUGCUGGGGAACACUUCAGUGGAAGAAGGUUUGCAUGAUCUGCUCCAGCCAGACUUGUCUUUAGCGAAUGAAUGGAUUUACUGCAUCACCGACAUCGAUCCAGACCACCGAAAGCUCAGCCAGCUGGAGGCUGUGAUCCGUUUCCUCACUGGAGAGGACGCUGACCUGGAAUGUGAUGAGGAGUUGGUCCAGGAAGUGCUGUUUGAUGCAGUGGUCACUGCACCCAUGGAGGCCUACUGGACUACAUUAGCCCUCAAUAUGUCCCUGGACACUGAGGCAGGUGUUGAGAUGGCAUUUCUGGGCACUCGGGCUGGACUCAUGAGGAGUGCCCUCUAUGUGGGCUCUGAGAAAAUUUCCAACAGGAAAUUCCUGACACAGAAGGACAAGGAGAGUAUCUUCACUAUGGACCACUUCCCUCUGUGGUACCGCCGGGCGGCCGAGCACCCCCCCGGGAGCUUCAUCUACAGCAUUGUCUCGGAAGACGAUUCAGAGGGAGGUGACCUACCGAAAGUGGUGACCGUGAGCACGGCUGUGUCUGUGUCUGUGGAUGGGAAGAUGGGGAUUGCUGCAGCAGUGGGUGUGCAAAUUAAGCUGGAGUUGCUCCAACGCAAGUUUUGGAUGGCCAUGCAACAGCCCAAUGACAGUGAUUGCAGUGCCUUUGAUGGUGCCUGUCCACUCAGCUGUCAGGAUGAUAUUCUGAAUUGCUUCCUCCUUGAUAACAAUGGCUUCAUACUUGUUUCCAAAAUACCUGAAGAGACUGGAAAAUUUUUUGGUGCAGUGGAUGGCUCAGUAAUGACCCAGCUGCUAAACAUGGGCAUGUUCAGGCGGGUGACCAUGUAUGAUUACCAGGCAAUGUGCAAGGUACCCUACCACCACCACAGCGGCGCCCGGCCCCUGCUCAGCCCAAUUUAUGCCUUUCUAGCUGCAGUGAAAUGGCUGAUAAGUGAUUUCCUCAUCUUCCUUUUGGAGUUUAACAUGAGUAGCUUCUGGCACUCAAACAACUUGGCAGAUGCCAAGGCUGUCUUCCAUCAUUCUCACAAGCACAAGAAGCACGACACGCUGCAGCCCUGUGACACGGAGUACCCCGUUUUCGUGUACGAGCCGGCCAUCAAGGAGACCAACGGGCUGAUUGAGUGUGGAGACUGCCAAAAGAUGUUUGUGGCACAGCAGAUCGUCAGCAGUAACCUCCUGCUCCUCGUCACGGAUGCUGUCUGUGAUUGCAGCAUCUUCCCACCCGUCCCAAUGGACGCGAAAGAGGUCAAAUAUAACGCUUCAGUGAAGUGUGAGCGGAUGCGGUCCCAGAAGCUGCGACGGCGGCCGGACAGCUGCCACGCGUUCCACCCUGAGGAAAACGCCCAGGACUGCGGCGGCGCUGCCGAGAUCUCCGUCUCGCCGCCGCUGCUGCUCCUGCCGCUGGUGCUGCUCCUGCGGUGA